CGCGAGUGCCUGGCGGGCUCUCGCUUCCGCGUCCGCCCGGGGCCCCCGCCCCCGCCCCCGCUUCGGCCUCAGCCCCGCGCCCCGCGCCCGGCUCCGCCGCGGCCCACCGAGCCCCGCCGGCCGCCGAGCCGCCAGCGCCGGCCGCAGAGCUCCGGGUGCCCGGGCGGGGGGCCAUGCCGUGCCGGAGGGAGGAGGAAGAGGAAGCCGGCGAGGAAGCGGAGGGGGAGGCAGAGGAGGAGGAGGACAGCUUCCUCCUGCUGGAGCAGUCGGUGACGCUGGGCGGCUCGGGCGAGGUGGACCUGCUGGUGGCCCAGAUCGGCGAGACGCUGCAGCUGGACGCGGCGCAGGACAGCCCGGCCUCCCCGUGCGCGCCCCCGGGGCCGCCGCUGCAGCCCCCGCGGCCCCCGGCGGCCGUGCGGGCGGACAAGGCCCGGCCCCCCGCGCUGCCGCUGCUUCUGCCGCCGGCGCCGGCCGAGGCGGUGGGCCCGGCGCCCCCGGGGGCCCUGCGCUGCGCCCUCGGGGACCGCGGCCGCGUGCGGGGCCGGGCUGCGCCCUACUUCGUGGCCGAGCUCGCCGCAGGCCCCAGCGCGCUGUCCCCACUGGCCCCUCAGCCCGGCCUUGACGGGCCUUCGGGAGCGGACAAGCGGGGCGCCCCGCAGCCGCUGUCGGGCCCGUGCCGGCGAGGUUGGCUGCGGGGCGCCGCCGCCUCCCGCCGCCUGCAACAGCGACGCGGGCCCCAGCCCGAAUCCCGCACCGGCGACGACGACCCGCACCGGCUCCUGCAGCAGCUGGUGCUCUCGGGGAACCUCAUCAAGGAGGCGGUGCGGAGGCUUCAUUCGAGACGGCUGCAGUUACACGCAAAGCUUCCCCAACGCCCGCUCACCGGGCCUCUGUCGGCCCCAGUGCAUGAGCCCCCUUCGCCCCGCAGCCCUCGCGCGGCCUGCAGCGACCCCGGAGCGUCCGGGAGGAGGGCUCAGCUAAGAACUGGCGACGGCGUUCUUGUCCCCGGCAGCUAACACCCCGGGAGUGGCCACAGCGCCAGCCUCUGCCUGGAGGGCAUGGGAUUCCCCUGAGGGCUGCAUCUCUACUCAGACUGGUAAACUCGCGUUUUUGGAAGUGGGCAAACAAGCUAAUGCAGACGAGGAAUGGAAAAACCGCGAAUAUUUUCGCGGGGAACUAAUGGAGGGCCCCGAUGCGUUUGAAAAGCAGAAGAACUUGGCCCUAUUUGAGGCGGAUUACAGAACGCACCCCAAGCUCACAUUCAGUAGUACUCCUUAUUUGGCGUGACCAGCCCCAGCGGUAUAGCGUGCAGUUCCACGUCGCCUCUCGGGGCCCUCCAGCCCGGCGACCAUGUGGCCACACUCCAUGCGUCUCAGCAUCGCCGAGCGCCCAAAGGAGGAGGAUGAUCCAUCCCAGUUACUUGCUUUACUUUUUCAGGGCUGGUUCCUGAUCCACUUUGGGGGAGGGGAACAUGAGUAGACAGACCAUCAUUUCAGGGAGAACCUCUAACUGCCAGACUUGAACAUUUACGACUCUU